AUGUCUCAUAGCAAACGAAACACUUCUCUCGCCUUCUUCACUUCCCAUGAACGAUCACUUCUCAAGUCGACCUGGGGAUCUCAAGCCACUCGUCUCUCCCGAGACUCCUUCCUACCCUUUGCUUCGUGCCAGCUCUGCCUCCGAAUCGCCCGAGAUCCUGUAGCAUGCGCCUCGAACGGUGACAUUUUCUGCAGGGAGUGUGCCGUCAGCAAUCUGCUUGCGCAGGGGAAGGAGAUCAAACGGUUGAAGAAGGAAGGUGAGCGACGGCAAAGGGAGGUAGAGGAGGAAGAGUUGGAUCGAGGAGCGGAGGAGGAGGAAAGGGCAAUUGCGCAGUUUGAAAAGACUAUGAUGGGUUUGGAGGGUGGUGGGAAGAAGGGGAAGAGUAAUGCGUCUGAAGAGAUGGAGCGGAGUGAGGGCAGAGGUGUGAAACGGAAGUUCGAGCUCGAUGAGGACGAGAUGUUGAAGAAUGCGAAGGAGGAGAGAGCGAAGGCGAGGAAGGCACUUGAUGAAGAGAAGUCCGCUAAGCCAACGCUUCCCUCAUUCUGGGUACCAUCUCUCACGCCGUCAACAAACCAUUCGCAAGCAAGCAAAGCUGCGAAGCUAUCGCCUCUCUGUCCAGCCUCGUCUACUGAGAAUAAACACUCCCUGUCGCUCAAAUCCAUAAUCACGAUCAACUUCAAGACCAUCCCGAAUGCUUCCUCGCCAACAGAACCACCAACAUGCAUAUGUCCGGCAUGCGAAAAGAAUCUCACUAAUACCAUCAAAGCAAUCCUUACUAUACCGUGUGGCCACGUUCUCUGUAAACCCUGCGCUGCGAAGUUCAUGUCACCCGAUGAGGGCCCCCCAGAUCCUCACGCUUCUCCUACCAAACAAGAGGCGAAGAACCGGGUGGUAUGCUAUGUCUGUGAGACUGAUCUUUCGGGUAAGAAAAUCACGGCGAAGGACGGAGAAGAUGGAGCCAGAGCAGAAAAAGGGGCAGUGAAGUCAGGAACGGUGGAACUGAGAAGUGAGGGAACAGGCUUUGCGGGUGGAGGAGAUAACAUGGUACAGAGAAAGGGUGUGGCAUUUCAAUGCUAA